CCCCCCUCCCUCCUCGUAGCGUCACUGUGAUUGGCCGCAUCGGGGAGCGGGAGGGCCUGGGCCAGGAGUUGUGUCAGAGCGACCGGAACCGUCAGAGGAAGAGAGAGGGGGAGAGCGAGCACCGAACCGUCUGCACACCAACCGCCCGACUUCAAUGAACAGCUCGCCCGUGACUGAUUCCUUUUGGAAUAUACGUCGCACAUUUAUGGCGAUUCGCCGUGUAAGGACAGAGUAUUGCCAGGCUCAGCACAGCAUUGGCGCAGACAAGUGAGCUGGGAAGUCUGUUGGUGCCACCAAAGUCCACCCUUCCAAAUUUUCCCUUCCAUCAUUUUUGUCUACUGCAGCAAAUCAUAUGGGAGUUCUUAUUUAUUUUACUCCAGAGCUCCACAAUUAUCACUACUGUUGUGAAGGGGAGGAGUUAGUAAAGAGACAAAUUGUUGCAGAGUUGUGCUCUGCAAUAACUUCUUUUCAACCCCCCAUGAGUGCCUCAUUGCGGUAGACUUAACUCGUAGUUUUUGUUAUAUAAAUAUAUAUUAUUUUUUUUCCCCCUCUUCAUUAAGAAGGAAAGUUCCCAUCCCAGAUGUAAUGUAAGAGAUUCUUUUUGGAUGCUGUUCUGCAUCCCCCACAAAGUGCUUCUUUUACGAAAACCUGCAGUUACCCCCUGGGACUUUGCAAUAACAGGAAUUUAAAUAUUUUGUUUCCCCCUUUAUAGAUUUUUGUAAUUUUUUUUUCUUUUUUUUUUUUUUUUUUUUAAAUAAUAAACCUUUAUUUUUUUUAAACUGUUCACAAUGAACCGUCCAGCUCCAGUGGAGAUAUCUUAUGAGUGUAUGCGUUUUCUAAUCACCCACAAUCCAACUAAUGCCACGCUCAACAAGUUCACAGAGGAACUAAAAAAAUAUGGUGUGACCACCCUUGUCAGAGUUUGUGAUGCCACAUAUGAUAAAGCUCCAGUAGAGAAGGAAGGCAUUCAGGUUCUGGAUUGGCCUUUUGAUGAUGGAGCACCACCCCCAACACAGAUAGUUGAUGAUUGGUUAAAUCUCUUGAAAAACAAAUUUCGUGAGGAGCCAGGGUGUUGUAUUGCAGUACACUGCGUGGCAGGUCUUGGACGGGCUCCUGUGUUGGUUGCUCUGGCGUUGAUUGAAUGUGGGAUGAAGUAUGAGGAUGCCGUGCAGUUUAUCAGGCAGAAACGAAGAGGUGCAUUUAACUCAAAACAGCUGCUCUACUUGGAGAAGUAUAGGCCCAAGAUGCGACUGCGGUUCAAGGAUGCCAAUGGACACUGCUGUAUGCAGUAAAAGAAGAGUGAAAACCCAUGGCUUUUUAAUAUGACCCCUGUGCUCAAAUGUUUUUGAGUUAUAUGGUCCAAAUGUGAUGCUGGAUCAAAAAGGUGGACUGGUUUUGUGCCUCCGUCCCAAUUAAAUGACUAAGUGCCACCAUCUGCAGAAAUAAAAAUGGAAUUAAAACAUGUGUCGGUGAAGGAAUUUUUUUUUUUUUUUUUUUAAAUUAAUGUGAAAACAGAAUAGCGGCAAAGUUGUAUUACCUGUCCUAAAAAACUAAAAUUAUGUAUGUUUGUUUAUUAGGAGGGUCUGCCUAGUGGUUGCUUAUGUGUGCUCUACUGACUCCCUUCUAACAUUACAUGGGUGAACAGCAAGAUACAACUUACACUGAAGUACACAAUGUCCUUCAUUAACAGCAGGUCUUGUGUUGGUUGUCAGAUUUUAUCUAUAUCUUACAAGUGAGGUUUAUUUUUUGGUAGUUAGGACUUGUCUGGACUAUUGUAUGUAAAUUAGAAUCAGACCCUUUCACUUGCGCACAAGACUAUUGGGACGUUAUCUAAAUAGCUUUGUGAUUAAAGAAGAGCUGAUAUAAAACUUUAUUUGGUGACUAUUAGUGCAGUUCAAAUCAAAGUAUACAAAGCACCCAACAACCUGUAGCAUUGAAAAUGUAAACAUCAGACAUCAAACGGUGCAAAACACCAUAAAUGUACUUAUUUGUGGUUGUGUUCCAUUUUUGUGAGUCGUCUCAAAGUCUUUUGAUGUGGCACAGGUUCUCUUUAAAGCCAUUCUUAAGAGGGUACGUAAUGGGAUAAAAAAAAUAUAAACAUGCUGCUAACUGAUGAAUGGAACCAACUUACUCACCAUCAUAUUGGCAGCUCCCAAACUGUAUAGCAAAAGGGAAUGAUACUUUCCAUUCAUAUUGUAUUGUGGCACACAUUUUCCCCAGAGUAAGUGAAGUGUGACCAAGUAGGCGGAGGAGUCAUGAUAAAUAUCUAUCUAGCUCUUUUCUGCCACAGUACAUAUCCAAAUUGUGUGUGUGGGUUUUUUAUUUUUUCUGCUGCAGGCAAAUGUGAAAACUACAGUUAACCUACAAAAUUGGAUGUUACCCUUAUUUCUUACAUCAGAAAACUGCCAUAACAUUUUUUUUUAAGUUUGCUCAAAACUGAUGCCAAAAUUAGGGAACAAAAUGUUCAUGGUAAGCACCAUAACUUUGCAUCAUUUGGAAAGGUUAUAGUGCAUCAUCCCAAUCACACCACACCAGCAUAUAAUUGCAGCUAUAACGCUUUUUCUAGAGGCAUACCUUGGCACCUGAUAAGGAAAUGUAUAUCGUCAUUACCUUGCCCCAUAGAAACUGACGUUUUGUUUUGCACCACAACCUCUUUUUACUAUAGAGAUGAAUUGCACACACUCGUUUGCCUGUGGGUAGCUCUCGAGAUUGCCCAGUGCAUAAAACUGUACAGAUCUGUGCGUAAACUUCUGACUGCCUGACCAGCCUAUAGAACAGUUCUAAUCAUAAGAUCUGAUGAGUGGACUUUAGCCUAUCGGCGGUUUGUGGGAUAAUAGAGACCAGAAUUAAGUUCCAAGUUGGUGGAACCUUUAAUUGGUAUGUGAGUGUGUAUGGUCUGGACUUUCCUGUGCAAGUGGUGCAAUUUUAAGAGGGGAAAAUAACUCCACUUUGCUUUUAAUCUAACAUCUAUAUACUGCAUUAACAAUUUGUGUAAUUUCCUGCGUACCUUUUUUGAUGCUCCCCAUUAUUCAUUAUAAGUGAAGAAUGAUUGCGAUGUUGAGGUAUUAACAAUGCCAUUUUGUAGACCUGUAACACAUGCUGAAGACCAGUCAUGAACUGACUUUUGGCACUCCAGCUCCUCUGGAACACAGCUCCUAGUUCUUAACCAGCCAAACCACACUAGAUGUUUAUUCCCACUAAUGUGAUUUCAAGGGGCUUUCAGCCACUUAACGUUAGUGCUUUAACUAAAACAUUUCAGGAUAUAGUUGCAUAAUAAAUCUAAGGGAUUCCUUUUUAUUUUAUUUUUUCGAUUGAUUCUGCAACAAACUAUUUUUACACCAAUCAUUUUUUUUAUAUCAUAUUACAUACUUUUAUGGCUAUGAACUUUAGCGCAACAUUUCCAUGAGUGAAAGUCACCUUACAUUACAAAUAAAUAGCAUUGAUUCUUGGGGGCAAGUUUUUUGUGCUAGAUGGGUACAAAUAUGCCAUAUUAGCUAAAAAAAAAAAUAAAAAAAGUGAGCAGUCCUAUCUAUCCCAUAUUUUAUCAUAUGGACACUAGAAAUACAGAUCUCUUCCACAUGUACAUUGACCUCUACAUUGCGAUGGUUUUUAGAAUUAUGAAUCAGUGACUUUUAAUUUUUUUUUUUUUUUAAAUCUAAAUAGAAGAACAUUCACACUUGUACUUGCUGUUCUCCCUUUGAUAUGCUGUAUUUUAUUUCCCACUUACGACAGAUAUGCAUUACAUCUGGAGGGGGAAGGUGCUUUGAAUUUGUAAUUUAUUUUGUUUCCCCUGAGCCAAAUUGUUUAUGCAAUUUUAAGAUGUUGAUUGGCAAAGGAGUAGACAUGCUGGCAAACUAGAAUAUUACUUGGUUUCAAGAAACAUGUUAAAUAAAAUAUUUUACACAUUCUA